AUGGCUGCCAAGCAAAAGAAGAAGUCUGCUGCGGCCCAAACUGAAGCACCAAGGCAGGAAGAACCUCGCAUUGUCUUCCCUGCCAGUAUGACUGGCUCGAAGCCUAAGGUAAGCUCAGCAGCUUCAGAGCUGAAGAAAACAAGGGCAGCAGAAGCCGAAGCCAGGAAGCGUAAGCACAAAGACACUUCUGAUAGUGCUCUAUCCAAGAAGAAAUUGAACACAAAGUCUUCAAAGAAAGAUCAUGCUACUGCCCCAGAGCCCCUCAUUGUUGAACCUAUCUCCGUCGUUCUUCCUGCCUCGACCAACCAAGAGCGUCGUCUUGUGAUCCAUGAGCCUGCUUCCAUAGAGGCUCAUGCUAGUGCAGACGUUCCAGCUGCUGACCCCAACACAGCUAAAGACAUUGGUCAGGAAGACAAUGUUGAUGAUGAUGUAGUCCUUCCUCAGCUCCAGUCCCAGUCGGUAUCACCGCCUGCUCUAACGAGCAGUGAACUCAUAAGCAUUGGUUGUCCAUUGACGCCAAUCGCUCAAGAUGACUCAUGGGCGGAGUGCCAACAGCAAGACACCCCAGUACAUGAUGAGACACCAAGAACACCACCACCUCAAGUCACCACUCCGGUGCUUGACGACGACGACAACUACAUGGUACAGACCACUCCCUCACCAAAGGCGUCGCCAGCGUUUCACAGGCUUCGCAAAGGCCCCAGGCUCCAGGUCACCAUGUCAAGCAUUCCAGAAGGGGAAGUGCAACAAAGCUCAGUCGCACGUCAAGUGUUUCCUGAAGCCACCCCUGCUGCGAAUGCCUCUGAGUCCGAAGCCAAAGUUGCUGAAGACAUUCCGGUUGAAAACCCUGAGGCUGACACCAACAAUGUCAUUCAAGCCAAUGACUCAGUCAUGGCUGAAGACAAUGUGGAGCCUAAAGCUAAUGAGAAUGCUGAAGUCACCUUGAUGCCAAUCAUCUCGGAUGGCACUGUUCCUCCUCAAGGCCUCACACCAUGGAAUAGGCAUUCAAUCGUGAAGCUCCUCCGCUGCCUCCGGCCGUGGAUCAACGGAAUCGAGGCCAUCUCCUCCCACCACGACCGCCGCUGCCCCCACGAGCUCGACGUCGAUGGGCGACAUCAGUCCUCCCCGAGCCAGUCCGAGCUCCACCGCGCCGAGAGCUACGCCCGCCUCGAGCCACGCUUGUCGGAAAGCCACGAAACAACUGAAUCACCGCCGUCCCCUCCCAAUCUGGUUGCUGCUUGCCGCCGCUGA